ACRACACUGAGGUAAGUGAAUUCGUCUUUUUGCACUUUUUUGCCGUUUUACGUUUAUGCAGCCUUAUUAUGGCUAGUUUUUUUUCUGUUUAUUUUAUUCAUAACUUUAAACCAUAUUAUGUACGAGUUUGACGGGUAUAUGAUACAGUCGUAAAUAUAGUAGAAUUUACAGUAGUUCGACCUGUUAAGAGUUCUUAGGCGUAUCUAUUCAAUGUCUAAUAUUCGAUUCUAAAUURAACGAGUGUUUCUAAAAAUGUCUUUUUGUAGUAAAAAUAUAAGACAGCUUGGUAUAAAGUCUUCAAUUGACCAAUGAAAUCUUCUGUUGCAUGCUCCUUUUCACUGGUAUCGUCACUGGUAUCUGAAGUGAUCCAACCUAGCAACCAGUCAGGACACUGCCACAAGCAAGGAACCUAUAAAUAUGUCAGUUCACGAAAUCAUGGUCAUGCAGAGAUUCAAGUUGUUGUUGGUCAUCUUGAGUGUCGCGGUUUUUGGAACCUUUGUCAAGAUCAGAAGUUCGAGUAAACUAAGUCAAGAACAUUCUCCAAAUAAAAGGUUUCGAAGUUCAAGAACUGCUAACACCGCUGUCCAACCUGAUAGGAAGACCGCUGUCCAGUCGUUUCCACUACAAAACUUGAUGACAAAGRUUCAACAAAAGCGUCCACUGCACAUGGUUGUUAUAGGAGGAUCUAAUACAGCAGGAGGAGGAAUGCAUUACGAAAAUGAAAUAUAUUACAAUAUAUUUACCAGUUGGUGGAACAGAGAAAUAAGCAAAACCACUGGCUCUAGUCUGCAGGCUCAUAAAAUCGCCAUCGGCGGAACCGGAAGUGAUUUUUUUUCUUUCUGUUUUCAAAACUUCUUACCCAAGGAGCAACCAGACAUGGUAUUGGUCGAGCUGUCUGUUAAUGAUUAUGGAUAUAARUAUGGCGAGGCUGCUAAGCCCAUGGAGCUAUUGACUCGUAGACUUCUUUCACUGCCGUCGAAACCCCUCGUGAUGUAUGUACACUUGGUUGAUAGAGGUAUGUAUUGGAAGAAUGUCACGAACACUGGCUGUGCUAACAUGGAAGACCUUGGAUUUACUAAGCUAGCAGAGCAUUAUGGGAUUCCUUCGUUCAGUUGGCGCGACUUUUUAUGUCCGCUGACCAGUUCUGGCAGUCGAGAGAAAAUGAACWYCGAAACGAAUAUGUUUAAUAAGGACGGGUCACACAUUGGUAGUAAAGCGCAUGCGCAGGUCGCAUCUAAGAUAAUCGAGUAUUUCAAGGAAAGUUUUACAUCGUAUUUACCUGGACAAAAAAGAAGCUUUGGYGAUUCUCAGUUGACUGACUCAUUAAUCGAGCCAGUUUUCUUGAAGUCUUCCUUCAGCAACACAGAUGUGGCUUAUUCACAGUGUCUGUCCUUUCUGACAUCAGACUGGAGGAUCCCACUCCGACAAUCUCUGACAUUCAAGGUGACGCAUUCUAAGGACUUCAAGUUCGUAUCACCAGCAACUUCGAAGAAAGUCACGAAGCACUUGCCAUUCCGCACUGAUGCGUACGGGUGCUGGGCAUCCGAGUCCAAAAAUGGUUUACUCAAAAUUCAAUUCCUUGUCUACGAUAAAGGUCUACCAACUCGCUCAGUUGCUGUGAUCUUCAGGACAAAGGACAACCACGCGUCCACGAAGAUCUGGCUAGAUGACGACCAGAAGUCCUCCAUUACUGUCGACAGCAAUAAAUGUGGACAUCACAUGUACCAAACUCGAUUAGAACCCUUAGCAACGGGAAUCUCCCCUGGUUACCAUACUCUUAAUGUUAUUUCUAACGGAGGUGGAUGGUUUGAGGUCAGCGGUAUCGUGGUUGGGUAUCCGAGUUACCAAGGUUACGAGGGUUACAGACCGUUUGACGUCAAAGCAAAGAUGUGGAGUCUUGAAAAGUUUGAUAAACUUCGCUGUUAAACCAUUUUGUAUAUGAC